AGGGUUGUCUUUCUCCUUACUGUCGACUGUGAAAUAUCAAUGGUUCCGAGUACGACUGGAUUCUUCUUUUGAUAUCGUAUUCAUUCCUUUCAUCUUUCAUUACAGCUCUUCUUUAUUCACUGUUAAAAUAAUGAUGAGCAUUGUUUGGUUGCUUCAUUGUUUGACGGCAAUUGUCAUGAUCUUCCCCUGGGGAUCAGCAGCCGCACCUGUACCUGGCAAAUAUGUACCAUUUGUACAAGAGGAUUCUGUGGAAGGAGGACCAUCAGCAAGAUACCAGCCUUCAGCACUAGAACGCAGAGCAGUGUUGCAAAAGCGUGUUUCUACGGGUGUCCCUCCAGAAAAUCCGUCAUACAGAAUUGGAUCACACGAAAUUAAGGAUCUGAUCAAUCUGACUUCAAACGACCAGUUCAUCGACUAUACUAUGGGCCGCAAUCCGGAUCACCAUUGAAGGAGACUGAGAACACACAUCAUGCAAAAAGUAGCCCUUUCACU